GCAUUUAAAUUAGAUUCCUAAAAAGACAACCACAUCACUCGCGAGUGUGAAGCAUUGUGAAAUAUAAUGGGCGGCAUGGCUGUAACUGUCCGGGGCGGCUAGUGCAUACUUGUUGGUGGGCUUAAUUUUGACAAUUUUCCUCGAAGAACUCUUAUUCGAAGACUGUGAAUAAUGGUAUGGCAAUGCGAAUAGACUGUCCAUUGCGACGUAGCCGCCGUGCGGCACAGGCGGGCCCUGUGCUGCCAAUGGCCAUGCAGGACCGUGUGUCACCAGCAACAGAUGAUCGAGUACACUGCUGUGGUCGGCGCUUUUGGUUUGUGCGGGACAUCUGUGGCAUUAUCUGUGCUGUGAUGACAUGGCUCUUGGUGCUGUAUGCACAGUAUGUGGUGGUAGGCGUUAUACUCUUGCCAUCACUCCAUACCUACUAUGGCACCUUUCACUUAAUGCUCUUUGAGCUGCUGGCCUUUCUGGCUGUCUUCUCACACGUUCGCACCAUGGUGACGGACCCAGGCGCAGUGCCUCGGGGCACAGCCACGCGUGAGGCAGUGGAGCAAUUGGGCCUGAGAGAAGGUCGGCUAGUUUACAAAUGUCCCAAGUGCAGCUGCCUUAAGCCUGAGCGAGCUCAUCAUUGCAGCGUGUGCCAGCGAUGCAUCCGCAAGAUGGACCACCAUUGCCCUUGGGUGAACAACUGCAUUGGCGAGAACAACCAAAAGUUCUUCGUCCUCUUCACUUUGUACAUAGCAGUGAUCUCCUGCCACGCAUUUUUCCUGGCAGUCAACCAUUUUGUCGGCUGCAUCAACAGUGAAUGGAGCACCCGCGGGAUUCCUCAUUCUUCAACAGGAUGCUCAGCUGGCUCUCCAGCGGUCACUGUCAUCCUGCUCAUCCUACUCAUCUUCGAAGCGUUGCUGUUUGCCAUUUUCACUCUGGUCAUGUUUGCGUCCCAGCUGCAAGCCAUCUGGAAUGAUGAGACGGGCAUAGAACAGCUGAAGAAGGAAGUGGCCAGAUGGCAGAAACGCUCUCCAUGGAGGAGCAUGCGGGCUGUCUUUGGGCGCUUCUCUCUCUCCUGGUUUUCACCGUUCACAUCGGCUGUAGAUGCACCCCUUCUCCCAGGUUACCUGUAUGCGGUUUAGCACUAUUUUCAGAGAUGAUGCAAAUGAAAGCAUGAUGAAUGUUGCACAUCUCCCUCACGAACCAAGUUCUCCUAUUCGAGCUUAGGUCAUACCUAGUGUUUGCAAGACGUGCAUCUAAGUCUUUUGUGGAAGAAACUUGACACAGUACUACAGCAAGCCAUUCAUUGUGAAAGCUUUUUUAAUUGGAAACAAAAGUCUAUAUGAAGAUACUGCGAGCCCCAUCAGGUUCUGCUUCUGGAAGGCACUGGCACAGCACUACAAGUUGGCCUGCCUGUUUCUUUUUCUCUGUGAACGAAACGUUUGUGGUUGAGCAAAGACUGAAGAGGGUCAAAAUACAAGUGUGCAUUUUAAAGAGCGAAGCGACAGAGGCAAUGUUUGUGUGCCCGCUUCUACUAUGGUACACUAUUGGAGGUUUGUAUAGUGUGCGUAUAUUAGCAUAUGAACUGCUAGACUUCCAAGCUGUGAAACAGUGAUACACUUGAGGUUAGUCUUUUUAUUUCAAUAUUUUUUACUGUACCACUUGAUUGUUAAGCCGAUUGUUCAAGCUUAGGAUGGCACUCCCAGAAGUCACAUUUUGGAAUACUGUCAUUUCCACGAGAUUAUGCAUGAGUUGUACUGGUUGCGUUGGUGUUGGUCACAGCAUUCCUGGCACUAUGUCGAGUUCACUGUCUUAUCACAGUGCCAAAACACUGUCACCUGUAUAUGCCAGAAUAUGUAGUGCUAUCUGCCCAAAAUCUCUUGGAAAAAUCUGCAAAAGUGAGUACCAGAGAAUACCAUCCGUGAACAGUCUUUAUACUUUUAAGCAGUAGGUCUUAAUAUCAACGAAGGGGUGUAGUCAGUGUUUGAAGUGGCAUAAGAACAAAUAUUGUGAUAGUUUGAGAGCACUAUUCAUGAUGUUGACUUAAAACUACCAUUUUGGAAAACAUAUUGUUAUGAAAAGGGCCCACGGUCUCUUGAGUAGCAUGUCGCAAGGGCCAAUGCCGGACAGGGACCAUCCAGGCAGAGGCAAGGCAAAAGGCAGCCAGAAAAAAGAAAGCGUUUAUAUUUACAACAUAUGUACAAAACGUGGAUGAGGAAGCCGCCGAUGCUAGAUGCGUCGGCCUUUCAUAGGCGCCGAGAUGCUCGAGGAGGAGGGUGCACCACCACCCUUCAGACGUGUCCAGCGUCUUUGUCGGGCGCACCCAGUGUCUCCGACAGACACGUCUGGUGCCUCUUGGAGGAAGACCAGCAUGGGGGCGAGAGCACCGCACAACACGAGACGUGUUCCACACGUUCCUGCGGGCCAGUCGUGUGGCACCUUCCAGGUAGUCUGGCUCCGGGUACUGCCUUUGGGAGCCUUUCAGCGAGCAGGCCGCAGCACGCUCGUUACAGCUUCUCCGCUGGGGCAACCUUGACCCGAUGGACAAGGGUCCCCAGCCACUGCCGGAGGGUCAUUCUGCGGAAAUCCAAAGUAUCCGCUUGCAGAGAUGCCCGGAACAGCUGUUGGCGCGCAGCGUUGGCCCCGGCUCACCCGUCGUCCUGGACUCAGUGCUGGCCUUCGGGCUCGCCCUCUGCCAGAGCGCUAUCACAGGGAUACGUGCAAGCACCAGACCCCCUAAGACAAUUGCCACCACUGCCACCAGUUGUUACGAAGAGGCAACUCACGGCCUCCUGGGUAGCGUUUCAUGAGGGCCAGCGCCGGGCCAUGAGCAUCCAGGCAGGGGCAAGGCAAGAGGCAGCCAGAAGGAAACAGAAAGUUUAUAUUUACAAUGUGUGUACAAAACAUGGACGAGGAAGCCGGCUAUGCUAGAUGCGCCGGCCUUUUAUAGGGGCUGAGACUCUUGAGGAGGAGGGCGCACCACCGCCGUUGAGACGCGUUCAGCGUCUCUGUUGGACGCGCCCAAUUUCUCCGACGGACGCAUCUGCAAGAGAACCGCACAACGCGAAAUGCAUUCCACGCGUUUCUGCAGGCCAGUCUUGCAGCACCUUCCAAGUAGUCUGGCUUCGGGUACUGCCUCUGGGAGUCUUUCAGCCAGCGGGCUGCACAUGAUCGUAAUAAUACUCUACUGAACAGGAGUUUUUUUUUCAUGUUCAUUGAGUUCCAAGUUUGGGAAAGUUGGCAUUAUUCGUGAAGCUCAUUGUCAAAUACCUGCUUUUAUGGAAGGCAGAAAUUAUGCAGCGAUUUGAAAUAUUCAUGGGGGAUAUAGUUGUGCAAAAUGCAGUAAUUGUGGCAUGCGUAAUGGAAUGACUUUUGAACUUUGUUUUAAACUUGCCUCUAGGCAACCAUUGAUAUCUAUUCAGUUGCUUGUGUUGGCUUUUAUUGCAUUGAAUGCUUGUAUGGCAUUGUUUAUAUGAAGUAAUGUUGCAUCUAAGCUUUGGAAGGCCAGAGUAGCAGCAUAAAAACGCACAAAGUGUCUUUGGAGAUCUACUUUUUAACUUGAAAGUUAUGCAGAAAUUAUGCAGCGAUUUGAAAUAUUCAUGGGGGAUAUAGUUCUGCAAAAUGCAGUAAAUGUGGCAUGCGUAGUGGAAUGACUUUGGAACUUUGUUUUAAACUUGCCUCUAGGCAACCAUUCAUAUCUGUUCAGUUGCUUGUGUUGGCUUUUAUUGCAUUGAAUGCUUGUAUGGCAUUGUUUAUAAGAAGUAAUGCUGCACCAAAGCUUUGGAAGGCCAGAGUAGCAGCAUAAAAACGCACAAAGUGUCUUUGGAGAUCUACUUUUUAACUUGAAAGUGCAAAUUGUUGAAAGGUAUUAUAUGUAAAUGCAAAGAAACAUAUACACCAAACUCUUAGGCUCUAAAGUCUCUAUUUUGUAGACCUGUGCAUCUGUAGUGAUACUCUGUGUAAUGUAUUGAAACAUUGUCAGAAUGCAUGAAAUCACAAAUGAAGUAUUGUAAUUUGAACACAAUUUGUGCUAUAAAAUUGAUAGUUUUCCAUGUAUAUAAGGUUGUCAUUUGAAUGUUGUGUGAUGUUUAUUUGCUUUGUGCCCUUACUGUGAAAGUAUUCUAACAUUGUUGUACAAGAACGCACUGUGGGGUAUGUUUUAAAACUGCAUUAUUUAUUUUUCAAAGUUUGGUCGCUACGUAGUAACAACUAUAAGGGCACUAUACUCACUUGAAUCUCUAGCUUAAAAUUUUUUUUUCACUUCUGUAGGCAUUGGAACACACCAUCAUUUAUGCCUGUUAUGGCACUUUCUCAAAUUUCUCUAGAGAACUUGCUUGACAUGCUUGAGAGUGCUUCCUUAAAAGCCGUUUUAAGAAUUGGCUGAAGUUGUAUUAAACAGUCUUGUGCUAACUGGAAAAAAAUAAAGCAGUAUGAUCAGGAUAAAUCUUGCCUGAUCUAAGCCCUAACGAUUCUGCUUUGCUGUAUCUGCAUGUCAGUAGGGCAUAUAGCAUUUGUUGAGGGUUAUAGACAUUCUGAAUGUGUGAGUCUGUGUUAACUGUUUAAAACUAAUGAAGAAGAGAAACUUGAGAAUAGAGUUCUUUGUUGUUUUUUGUUGGUGAAUAAGCAUUUCCAUGUCACUGCCUGGCAUUGUUGGUUUGCUUUUAUGGGGUUCCGGCUUUCUUUUUAGCCAUUUUUGCUUGUCUGACAAAAUUUAGACCUUGUGAUCCUUUUGUUGGUUGUGAAUGGGCUAUGAACUUGCUUAUGUAUUGUAAUGGUUACGUGAUUACAAUAUGAGAAGGGUAGGAAGGCACUGUAUUUAACUGGUACUAUGUGAUUUUUAUGUUUUGUCAGCUAGCUGAGUUGCACCACUGCAGGAUUUCUGAUUCUUGGUUGUAAAGACGUAAUAAUUACCUCAACCCCCCCGCCCCCCACCCCGCUGCCCUCUUAUAUGCACUUGUACUUGGCCUGAGAGGGCUGUUGCUGUUUUUGUAAAUAGUGUCACAAUAUUGACAGUUACGUUCACCCUAAAAAAUAAACAGGCGUGCUUUUACAUGCAAAAAUUCAAUAAUAGGGCUCAAAGUUAGAGAUAGAGAGGUGCCGUACUUUUGCAUAUAUACAUGCAUAUGCUGUGUCCUAGUAUUGGUCAUGUGAUCUUAUUGCAGCGUGACUUGAGUCGGAAUUUGUGACAUGUCGAAGGACAGUUUUGAGAAAUGCCCUUAGCAUCAACCAUACACUACAUUCAUUUAAACUGUUUGCACUUGGUUUUCAGCUACGUUCUUACCCAGAAUGUUUAAAAUUUGCUCUGCAUUCCAUGAAAACUUGUGGAUUAUCUCGGUUGUCCUGCUUUUUUUUUAUAAUCCUUCCAUUCAUUAAACAGACAUUCUUCACUUGGUGAGCCAGUUGACUGCUGGUAAAAAUGCAUAAUAUUGUGUAAAAUUCUAGGCACUUCACUUGCAAAAUGUCAGAGGCUUGUCAUAAAUCCAUUGAACUAAUGCAUCCUGAUGUACGCUACUUUCUGUCUUCUAUGCACUGCAGUGUAUACUUAAAAUAUUUCAAUUGCAACAAAGUGGGAAAUUGUUCAAGAGCUAUUGGUGGCACUGGCAUAUGUACGCCAUAAUGUUGAACACGUGGAGCCCAUGUAAAAAACAGAAAUAGUAUAUGUUUUCGGUUUCUUACACUUCUUGGCUACUUCGACUAGUGCAUGAUAUGCACAUUACAUGUGUGGGCUUGCUUUACACAGCUUUAAAAAAGGUCAGUACGUAUCGAUCUUUAUCCAGUUUUAAUAUGAGGUUGGACGCAGUAUGAUUUCAUGCGCCAAAGUGCAGUUUGAAACCUUAAGUUUUAUAGCGAAAUUGUUGUGUGGCCCUACUAAAGAAAUUUAGAAAUGGUAGUUGCGACUGGUGCAUAAAACAUCCACUGAAAUUUUCGCUUCUUGUCUUUCUAGAAGGCUGACACUAGGAAUAUCUUGGGAGGAAAAAAAAAAAGUGUCCGUGAAGUGAGUAACCAUGUGGGCUACUCUCAACAAUUUAUUUCAUUGUCAGAGAAUAAAAAACAGCGUGUUUCUUCGUGGCCAAGACAUGAUAAACGUUUUGAUACCAUGUAUCAUAACCUUCAUUUCCAAUAAAAGCAAGCUGAACAUAUUUCGAUUAUUUUUGCACCACCCUUCAACAUGUUUCAAUUUUUUCCAGAAUUUAGUCAUUUUUAUUAACUCUAUGCAUCAGUCUGUUAAAAAUAUUGGGCACACAAAUGCUUUUUAAAAUGUCCUGUACAAGGUUUUGUCAUUGCAAAUGAAAAACCGCUGCAUGUAGAUUAUGCAGUGACUGCAUGCCUACAAGGUAGGACACAUUCAUGCACCACGAGAACAGCCAGGGACUCAAAAGUAAGCUUGUAUGCCCUUAUAGUAGCCAAUCUGCUACGCAGUACGGGAUGGGCAUCGGAGCUGUCAAGCCACAGCUGCUUUCGUUAGCGGUAAAUGGUCAACACAGCACAUCAGCCAAUGGGGCAGAACCGCUACUAAAAUUUUCACCACUUAAGAAAAAAAAAAGUAAAAUACACACAUACAUGUGCACACACACACACACAUGCACUGAAUAUUAUAAAAGUGGGAUGGCACUUGUGACUCAAAUUAUGGACCUAUAGCUUCAAUGCAGCGAACUGAAAGGGACAAAUAUUGCUUCUGGAUGCUAGUCAAAGCAAUGGAAUGUGCUUGUGUUUUAGGGACGUUUAUUACCUCCUCACACCAUCACUUCACAAUGCUUUUUUUUUUUGCUUCUGUCUUUGUUAUCACUGGACACUUUUCAAAUAUUUUUGCAGAAGAAUGCUCCAUGGGACAGUGCAGGAUGAGUGGCCCUUUAAAUAGUAAUCUGUGUAGUUUGUCUCACCUAAGCAACUAGAUUGAAGGUCUUGUGAUUUUAUGAAUGGGAGCCUUUUGAAUGUAGUCAUUUUUUCAAAGAUAAUUUCAAGUAUUUCUUGUUCUGAAUGAUAUUAUGUAACAGUCAUUUGUAUAUUUUUGCUGUUUUAUUGCAAAAAAGUUUUCAGUGAGAAUGUUGAACAAUUUAAAAUAAAGUACCACAUAGAACUUUGUAAAAAUUGCUGUUACUCAAUACGAGCAUUCUCGUAUAUUGAAGACAGCCUUCAGAACGAAGGAAUAAACUGUUCUUAUUGAAUCUUAUAAAUGCUAUUCAGACGGCAAGUAAAUACGCAUCAAGACACAAGUGAAACUAGUGAAUGGUUUAGUCUAUCAAACACGAAAUGAAUCCCAACUCAGGUGCCAUUAGCAAGUCUCAGCUAUCACUAGUAGAAGUAAAAAUGAUUGAACUUCGUGUUAUUGAAGUCAUAUUUAAUGGACUAAUUAUUAUUUGCAGGGAAGUUUUUAGGGAACAGUAUCUUGGAAUUAGCCAGUUUACUGCUUUUUGACAGACACAAUGACUAUGUCUUAAUGUAAUAACAAGAGUCUCAAAUUGUAAUUAAUCACCUUUAGUUGUUCCACGACUAAUGGCAUCUUAAAUGAAACGUAAAAAUGAAAUGUUGCUGAUGAAUCUUAUGAUAAUGUUACUUUUUUUUUUAAGUAAUCUAAAUCUGAAAGCAGCCUCACUAGGUAUUUUAUUAUAUUUAUUAUAACCUGAUGUAAUUUAAAAAUGAUCUUGACCAUUGAGUCCCCAAACAACACUAGCAUCUCUGAAGAUUGCUAGAAAGUUUUCCAAAUGUUGUGUAGCAGCACUGUGUGUUUGCAUGUGGCCAUGUGUUGUUGCGUUGUAUAUUAUUCAGUAUUGAAUUUCUUUGCUGCAGCAGCAUCUGGCCAAAAUUCGGCUCUACUUAGUAGAUGAUGAUGCACUGUGCUUUCAUAUGUAACGUUUCAAAAAUGUGGGUGAUACUAUUCGGUACUGCCAUAACGUUUCAAAAAUGUGGGUGAUACUAUUCGGUACUGCCACAAAUGUUCUGGCUGGUAAAAUGCAAGAUUUGUAAACACUGAACCAGAGCAUAGCAGAUGCAAGGUUCCUUACAUUCAAAUCGCUAUCUAAAUAUGCAAAAGGGAAUUAGUAAGUAUACAUAUUUUUCGGAACGGCAACCUUUACUGUGCAUGCUUAUUGCGAACACUUUUUUUUUUUUGCACCAUCAUUGAUGUAUGUGACAACUUUUGUCACGCUAGAUGCACUUUGUUGUGAUCUUUGUUGUGCUCCUGAUGGUAGUCUUCGACGUGGGAGACUGUGAUUUAUUUGGUGGUUUCUACACAUAGUGAUGCUCAUCUUUAUUUUGUGUAGAAAGUGUUUUGGAACUGGGAGAAUUGUGUACUGCAACACUGACUGGGCUGGGCAGGAUAAUGGCAAUGAUGUAAGUAAAAGAAAAAUUAAGGACAA